AUGGCCUCCAACAGACUCGUAUACCGGAGACGGCAAUCUUACAACACUCGCUCCAACAAGGUCCGCAUCGUCAAGACUCCCGGCGGUGAGCUCAGAUACCUGCACAUCAAGAAGAAGGGCACUGCGCCGAAAUGCGGUGAUUGCGGUACCAAACUCCCGGGUGUCCCGGCCCUUCGACCCCGCGAAUAUGCCUCCAUUUCACGACCGAAGAAGACCGUUCAGCGGGCGUAUGGUGGAAGCCGUUGCGCCAACUGCGUGAAGGAUCGGGUGGUUCGCGCGUUCUUGAUUGAGGAGCAAAAGAUUGUCAAGAAGGUCAUGAAGGAGGCGGAGAAGAAGAAGCGGUAA